ACUGAGCCGCACGCUACCUGCGGCCCCAGCAGCUGCUACGUGCUCUACCCUGAAUCCCGCACCUUCCUGGAAGCCUGGCGGGCCUGCCGUGAGCUGGGGGGCAACCUGGCCACACCGCGGACGCCCGAGGAGGCCCGGCGUGUGGACAGCCUGGUGGGCGCUGGCCCGAAAGACAAGCUGCUGUGGAUCGGACUGCAGCGACAGGCACGGCAGUGCCAGCUGCAGCGCCCACUUCGUGGCUUCACAUGGACCACGGGAGACCAGGACACAGCUUUCACCAACUGGGCCCAGCAAGCCAUGGGAGGGUCCUGCAUGGCCCAGCGCUGUGUGGCCCUGGAGGCCAGCCAUGCCCAUCGCUGGCAUGAGGGCUCGUGCACACUGCCUAUUGAUGGUUACCUGUGCCAGUUUGGCUUCGAGGGUGCCUGCCCAGCGUUGCCGGAUGACAUGGGCCAGGACAGCCCCACAAUCUACACCACGCCCUUCCACCUGGUCUCCACGGAGUUUGAGUGGCUGCCCUUUGGCUCCGUGGCUGCUGUGCAGUGCCAGGCUGGCAGGGGAGCCUCUCUGCUCUGCGUGAAGCAGCCUGAAGGAGGUGUGGGCUGGUCUCGGGCUGGGCCCUUGUGCCCAGUGACUGGCUGUGGCCCGGACAAUGGGGGCUGCGAACAUGAAUGUGUGGAGGACAUGAAUGGUCAGGUGUCCUGCCACUGCACUGAGGGCUUCCAGUUGGCAGCAGAUGGGCACAGCUGUGAGGACCCCUGUGCCCAAGCCCCGUGUGAGCAGCAUUGUGAGCCUGGUGGGCCACAGGGCUACAGCUGCCACUGUCUCUUGGGCUUCCGACCAUCCGAGGAUGAGCCACACCGCUGCGUGGACACAGAUGAGUGCCAGAUACCCGGUGUUUGCCAGCAGAUGUGUGUUAACUACGUUGGUGGCUUCGAGUGUUAUUGCAGUGAGGGUCACGAGCUCAAGGAGGAUGGCUCCAACUGUAUCCCCACAGGUGCCAUGGGCGCCAAGGCCUCCCAGGACCUUGUAGAUGAGUUGCUGGAUGGUGGGGAGGAAAAGGCGAAGGAGGAGGAGGAGAAGGAGAAGGAGGAGAAAGAGGAGGAGGAGGAGGAGGAGGAGAAGGAGGAGGAGGAAAAGAAGGAGGACUGGGUCUUUGAUGGUGGCUGGACAGAGAACCCUGGGAUCCUAUGGAUGGAACCCACGCAGCCACCGGACUUUGGUUUGGUUUAUAGACCCAGCUACCCAGGAGAGCAAGAGCGGAGGAGACCCCAUCUGGAUCCUACCUGGCCACCCCCACUCAGUGCCCCCAGGGUCCCCUACCACUCCUCAGUGAUUUCUGACACUCAGCCCCUGGUAAUCUCUGCCACCCAUCCCACACUGCUUUCUGCCCGCCAGACCCCUAUUAUCUCUGCCACACACCCACCCCUGAGCCCUGCCCAUAGACCUCCUGUGAUCUCUUCCAUGUACCCCACUCUGUCUUCUGCCCACCAGAACCCUAUUAUCUCUGCCACACACCCACCCCUGAGCCCUGCCCAUCGGCACCCCAUGAUUCCCGCCAUGCACCCAGCCGUGCUUCCUUACCACCAGACUCCCAUGAUAGAGACCAACUAUCCAGAUCUGCCUUCUGCACACCAGCCCCAAGUUAUCUCUGUCAUUCCCCCAGCACAGCCUCCUGCCCACCAGCCCCCUAUUACCUCAGCCAAAUAUCCCCAAUUCUUCCCUAACCACCAGUCUCCCUUGUUUCUGGACCCUCGGGUGGCUGACACCCAGACCACCAUUCAUCUGUCUGGAAUUCCAGCUAAGCCUUCCCCUCAGGAUACCACUCCAAGUGCCCAUCAACCCCCUCUGUUCAGAGAUGUCACAGCUGUCAGGACUCAAGCCCCCCAGCUUUCUUUUACCCCAACUGUCCCACACACCCCGCCCACUACCUCUGGGUCACCUGGGACCCCUGCCCAUCAGGCCUCUUUGCCUGCUGUCUCUCAGCUCCCAGCCCUCCCUACUCCUCUGUCCUCUCAAAGCCCAGCUAACCAGACCUCACGCAUCAGCCCUACACAGCCCCAUUCCAAAGCUCCCCAAGUCCCAUGGGAAGGUGGCUCCACUUCCAAAUUGGUCCCUACCGCAGUUCCAACAGCUCUGGCAGAGGCUGGUCUAGCAGGUCGAAGCCAGAGGGAUGACCGGUGGCUGCUGGUGGCACUCCUGGUCCCAACAUGUGUCUUCUUGGUGGUCCUGCUUGCACUGGGCAUUGUGUACUGCACCCGCUGUGGCCCUCAUGCACCUAAUAAGCGCAUCACUGACUGCUAUCACUGGGUCACCCAUGCUGGGAGCAAAGGCCAAACGGAACCCAUGCCCUCCAGGGGAAGCUUCACAGGGGUACAGACCUGCAGAACCAGCGUGUGACAGGGCAAGAUGUCCCUGCAGGUAGAGGGAAGGGACAUAGCUGGACACAAGGCCAAGGCUGCAACAGGGACCAAUGGGGGCUGCCCACCUGGACAGAGGGCCUCCUGCUCCCUGGAUCCCACACUCGUGACAGAGGAUACACCAAGGCCCCCAGGACCUCAGGGGUUGGGUGCUAGGGUCUUCAAUAAACGGGGUACCAACCUCA